AUGGAUGAAGCUAUGCCACUCCCUCGGCGUCUUAUUCCGCAGCCGCAUCACCGAAUUACGGCUAAAGACCAGGUUGAUGAACUCAAGGAGCCCUUUGCUAGACUCUAUCCUUGCGGACUGCCAAAAGAAUACAAGAUGUGCGGUGCGCCGAUUGACGAAGUCCCGGUGAAAUACAUCGAGGACAAUCUCCCACUUGGUUUCUACACGAACCCGCCGGUUGGCGCGAAAGCCAUCUUCUCGACGAGCAACGGGCAGCGCGCUUUUCGCCCCAUGCAUCACAUCCUGCCACGCCGGAGACUGCAUCUGUGGUCCAAGAAUGAGAUUCAAGAAAACUGCAACUCAAUCCGCAGGCUGCACUGGGAGGCCAUGCGAGGCAUGACUGAGCCGAAUUGCUGGGACGAUCUUUGGAAGUAUUUCGAUGCAUUUGAUCUUUACAGCCACGGUGCCAUCAACCUCUGGAACAUUAUCAAUCAUCUCUACGCCGAAAACAGAAUUAUAAAAGCUGAUGUGUCGAAGAACUCUGCUCUGGAACUCGGGCGUUGGUCUCAGCAGUGGCUCCAAGUCAAGGACAACGCUGAGAAGCUGAAAAGGUGGGACAUAUCUAAGUGCUCAGUCCUGAAGCUUUUUGAUGCAGCAGACCGGGACUCUCUGGGAUGCCUUAGCGAUGCAGACGUGUCCAUCCUAGCAAACGCCCUGAGUUGCCGACGCGGCCAUCUCUUGUCGCCGACUCGUACUGAAACGACUGAGCCCCGGAGCCUUCUCUCUUCUCUCGAAAGCGAAUGCGGCGUCGAAAAUUGGAUGACUGGUCAAGUGAUUCACCGCAAAGGUGGAUUGCAGCAAUCAAAACCUGAGGAGGUCAUCAACUCCGACAAACACGCCUACCACCCAUGUAUUGUCUUUGAUGGAAGGCAUUACUACGAUCCACGUCCCAGAUCGAAGGGAGCCGUAGAGGCCCUCAAAGCAUCUGUGGAAGCUGCUUCCGGCCACAUCAUUGUGGCGAAUGGCUCCCAAGUGUCACCGCCCAGACAUCAUCAGGUGAACCAGGCUGUGGCUAAAAAAGACUCCGUUGCCGUCAAACCUGUGGCUUCCGACAGCCGACAGACACGUCCAAGCUCGAGCGAUGGCUCGUUGGCCAUGCCAACUUGCUCACGCGCCACUUCUCAGUCUGGCUCUCCGCGAAGAAUGUCAGACUCUACCAUUCGACCUAGUAAUCCUCCAAGCCCCGACAUGGGUCAAACCCUGGCUUUCGUUCCCACGGGCGGUGCUCCAUCCGGAAGUAGAAGGAGUCCCGAGAAGAGUGUCGGGAACGAUCAGUCAAAACCGCAGCGCGGAGCGGCCAGCAAUACUUCAGGCACCCCUCCGCGCCAAGCUGGAGAAAUCGGUUCGAAGAGGCACUUGAUUCACUUUGCACACGCGAACAAGGAACCCCUCAGUGCGACUUCGUUUAGCGGCGCAGGACUGGAAAACAAGAUCGGGUCUCCACGUCGAGGUAGACGGGCAGACAGCUACUCUUCGCAACACACUUCGUCACCAUCGUCAAGACCGCAGUUUGGUGGGUUCAGCCCAGGAGCCAAGCAAUUCUCUCAAAAAUGGAGCAAUAAUUUCCGACGUCAGGAUAAUUUUGGCCCAAUCUAUGAUACCAUGCAGUAUUUUCCAAACACAGGCAUGCGGCGCAAUGACACUCUCCUUCAUGCCGGCGACGGUCAGGACUGCCCAAACGUGGGUGUCAACCUUGACCGUUCUAGCUACUUGCCAUGUGGCUGCUUCCAGUGCGCCAUGAGAAAUCGGAGUAUCUGGGUGAGAGUCGCCGACAAGCAAAACUUACCUCUCAUGGACGUGCAGACCAGGGUUCGUUAUGGCGUUGAGAGUCGAUUUGGCCGCGUUGAAGACGUGAAUCACGCGCCAGGACAAGGCAAACCCGAGUCAAUGAACUUUAUUGUCAGGUUUGUCUCUGAAGACUCGGUCCCCCAAGCCCUGGUCUACGGGCGAGGUCGCAUCGACGAAAAGGGCAUCAAGAUCAACAUGUCUGCCAUGUUUCGGUCCAAGUGGGUGCUGCAACCGUCUGCAUUUCAAACGAGUAGCCGGAUCGCACCGCCAGAAUCCAUCCACCAAGUCUACAAGGCACCAUCCCAGCGUCGCGGUGACCUUUCCCUUACUCCAGACUUCUUCAUGGGAAGUGGAGGCUCGUCUGCUCAGAAAACAUCUGGCGGCCCCUUUAUGCACUCCAACAGAUCCUUUGGACAAAUUGAGUCUCGAAAUUUUGGCCAAAGCGGACCAUAUUUUGGGAAAAAGCCGAGAUUUCCUGUCAACGCAGAUGGCAACUCUCAAUGGCCGCAGCAGCAGCCAUUCCAUACCUUCCACCCCCAGGCUCAGUACCACAACCUUCCCGUCGAAGCUGCCAAUAAACAGAGCGCUGUCUCCAUGCUUGCACCUACCCAAGCCGAGAAACUGGAUCAAGCUCAGCAAGACACCCCGGCACCGUCUGCAGUCGAUUGUGCGAUUAGCGGAGUUGAGGGAGCCAUCCAAUCAGUCCCAUCACCCGAAGAGAGUGCAAAGUGUAGAGAAACUGCUAAGCCCAGAGUAUCUCUACCCGAGAGGCUUGAAGUUCCAUCGUCUACUGUCUCGGGCCGAUGCUAUCCGAAGAAGACCACGGAUGAGCCGGUUGCCGCUGCACCCGUGGUUGCCCCGCGAGCAGACCAGUCACCCGUGAGACAUUCCAAGAAGAAACGCCAAGCAGCCCAGCUUCAAACUGGCGCUUUCGAAGGCACAGAGCCCACCGCAGCUACCUCUGGUGGCAAUAUCGCCUCUGCUAUCACUGCUGCUGCUGCUGCCCCCGCGUCCAAAGAGAAGGAACAUCGCCGGCCCUCCCUGUUCACGCCAGACGAGAUUAGAGACAGGAAGCAGGCAUGGGAUAGGAUUGUUGUGCCCUUGAUCUCGCCGCGCAAGCAAAUUCUUGCGAUAGCAGGCCCCGCGCGCCGCUUGCCCGCCAAACCCGGCCACGAUCGCGCCAAGUCACUCCCUGUGACCAUACUCGCGCCGUCGAAGACGACAGCGGCGGCAAAUUCCUCCGACGAGGACCAGAGCCGUGCCACAGUCAGCGCGCAGAAGGAAGUUUUCCUAGAGGCGCCCCAGUAUGUGGUGUCUGACGGCAAAUCUGGCUCGGAUGCCGGCCAUCCAGGUGCCGCGCCGAGCGCGCCACCCUCGACCUCGCCCAAGAAGAGCAGUAAGGCAGCCCGGAAGAAGAGGAACAAGCAGGAUGCGCAGUUCAAGGGACCUGCGAAGAAGGAGCACAAACUGUGA